AUGGAUCUAUUAGAAUUAUUUGAUGACGACGAUAAUGAAGUCAUCGAGUUUUUAAAUUACCAACGACGAUUGUUCACAGUUCGUAAGCGUAUCGAUCAUAUGACUAUUUGGGACGAUGAAGAUUUUCGAGUGAGAUUUAGAAUCUCAAAAGGAGUAGUUCUUCAAGUAUUGGGUUAUAUAGAUGAUCAAAUAUCUUCUCAAUCAGAAAGAAAUCUUGCUGUGACAUCCAUUACCAAACUUCUAUUAACCCUCAGAUUUUAUGCUACUGUAAUAAGCCUGGAUGCUUGGUAG